AUGCAGUUCGCAUUGCCUCCGCGGAGGAGCCCUCAUCCUCUUCCCGGGGCCCAUUCCACACGACUACCGCUGUACCGAAGAAAACAGCUCAAGACGAUUGCUGUUUUUGCGGUUGCUAUCCUUACACUACUCUACAUCCUCUCCCACUUCUUCUCCUCAAGCUCGACUUCUAUUACCGCGCCGGCUGGUACGGCGGGUGUGGUGAUCGUGACGUUGCUGGAUCGUCAAAGUCUCAGCGAGAGCUAUAUCAAUAAGAUCGUCGCCAACAGAGAAGACUACGCCAAGCGCCAUGGGUACACGAACUUCUUCGCAAGCGCCUCCGACUACGAAGAAGCUGUAGGCGAUGCCCCCCAAAGCUGGGCCCUCAUCCCGGCGGUACGCCAUGCAAUGGCAACACACCCAAAAUCCAAAUACUUCUUUCAUCUGAGCCCUCACGCGCUCAUCAUGAACCCCUCCAUAUCCCUCAAAUCCCACCUCCUCGAUCGUAGCCGCCUCGAAUCGCUCAUGUUGAAGGACUACCCGAUCGUGCCGCCCGACAGCAUUAUCAAGACAUUUGCGCUUAAAGAGAAGGAUAUCGAUCUCAUUAUUACGCAGGAUAGUGAUGAUUUGAAUCCUUCGAGCUUUGUUUUGAAGAAUGGUGACUUUGCCCGCUUCUUCUUGGAUCUUUGGUUUGAUCCGUUAUAUCGGAGUUAUAAAUUUGCCAAGGCGGAGACACAUGGAUUGGAUCAUAUUAUGCAGUGGCAUCCAACGGUGCUGGCUCGAACGGCUUUGGUGCCUCAGCGGGUUCUGAAUGCGUAUAGCAAGGACUCGUCCGGCGCCUCGCCGGAUGGUUCGUACAAGGAUGGUGACCUUGUCAUUCGGUUCCCUGCGUGUGAUGAGGGGAAGAGUGGUGACUGCGAUGAAUUGGACCCAUACUACGCGAUGUGGUGGAAGAAGGUCAAGGGUACUUGA